AGGAGGGAGAGGCACUGAGGGGAGAAAAUGAGGGGGUGUUGGGGAGGAGGAGGAGGAGAAUUUGAGUGCAACUUAAGACAGUGAGAACUGAAGACAGAGUGAGUAGACGCUGGGAGCAGACAGAGUGGGAACACGAGAGAAAGAGAGAAUAACGCCUUUUAUCACCAUCAAACAGAGAUGACACCACAGCACAGGAACCUGGCUUUGCUUCUUUUUCUGAGUGUCUCACCUAUCCUCCACUCACACCUUUUCACUCAUGCCGCCUCUACUUCCCCUCCUGUAACACUUUCACGGAUCCUUAUGGAUGAUUUUGAUGAUGACUAUGACGACGAAAACCACAAGACGCUGACCCCUGUUAAAAUUCCAGUGCUGACCAGGGAUGUCAAACCCUGCAAGUUAGACCCCUGCUCGGAGGAUCAGGAGCCCUGCCCCCAACUUCAUGCCAAGACUGGGUGCCUCUGUCCUGGGCUCAGUGGGCCUGAUGAGCCCCCUCAUGCACCACGCAUCAAAGGGCUGCUGCAAGUCCAAGAGGGAGACAACAGAGGGAAGGUAGAGAUCCAAUGGUGUGCUCCAUCUUCUGUGGUAACUGGGUACAGAGUGGUGGUUGAGGGGAGAGAACGAGAUGCACUGGAGUUUGGGAAAGCUUUGCGACAAAGUUUUCUAGGGUCUUUAGAAGCUGGAACCAAGGUUUGCGUGGAGGCAGUGAACAAUGCAGGGCACAGCAUGACCUCGGAGUUCUCCUGUGACCGGGUUAGCCGCCCUGCCUCUUCAGACGACAAACUGCUAGUAGGAGUCAUAGGAGGAGGGAUUGUGCUGCUUCUGCUCCUCAUCAUAGCAGCCGUGAUCCUUUGGAAGCAUCACAUGCACAAAAAGGCAAAGAGAGACUCCAAUGAUGGACUUAGAAACCCUUCUUACAGCACAGAGGGAAAUCUGUGAUCCAGUUCAGCACAGACAAUCCAUCUCAUCCUGAGUCACACUAAAGAGGCU